AUGGGAAAAUAUCGUCUCAGUUGUGUUUUUCUUUGCCUCGUCCAAAAUUGCUUCAGCGUAGUACAAAUUCAUGAAGCCAAUGAAGAUACAGAAAUUCAUAAGUGCAUAACAACGAUAAUACAACAAAUUGAAAUCUUGAAUACCACCGAUGUUACUUUAGUAAACGUUAACCAGUCGCUGACCAAGGAGCUCCAUUCCCUUUCGGAGCAUCCUGCGAGAUUUAUUUCAAGAUCGUUUUACUGGCCUAACGACACCCUGUUCAAUUAUAUCUACGUCAUUCAGUGCAAGGAUUAUUUUAUGUUUGCGCAAGGACUGGACUUAGUGAAAAGAGAUCCAUUUUGGAAUCCUCGAGCGAAGUUUAUAAUUGUUGUCGAAUAUAUUGAAGAUUUUCUUCAAGAGGUAUCGGAUUUUCUUGUGUAUAAUCACAUUUACGACGUGGCUCUUAUUGCCUAUGACGAAAAUGAAAGUUUUGUGGUGUACACGUUUGGAUUAGAACAUGAUGAAUGCGACCGACCUGUGUUCAAAAUUCUGCAAGUGUUGUCCCGUUGUUCAGAAAUUCACAAUGUUGACAAAAUAUAUGUAGGGGCAAGAAAGACUAGGCUUCGAGGCUGUCGUGUAAAAUUUGUAUCUCAUAAUUUUUGGCCUUUUGUAUCGUUUAACGGGGAGCCGACAAUAGAGCAAUAUAUACUAGAAUUGAUUUAUCAGUACGAAAAUAUCUCAGUGGAAUUGAUAAACUAUGGAAAUGUUGAAAAUUUUGGGUUGCGCUUAGACAACUUUACCUUCACAGGCAUGCUGCAUGAGAUAGAAACAUAUAAAGUGGAAGGAGCUAUGGGUGGUUAUGUACUGACAUUAAACCGGAUGUUAAACUUGGAUUUCAUAAAUCCUUUUAUGGUUGACCAACAAAAAGUCGUAAUAGCUAGAGCACACUUGCUUAAUAAAUGGUACGGUGUUCUAAAACAGCUUGGUGUACUAACUGUAUGUUCUAUUUUCGCAACAUUUGGUUUAGUUUCUGCCACAGUCAUAUACAUGAAAAUAUUUCAAAACCGGGUAAGGGAUAUGAGCCGAGACUGUCUUAUUGUGUGGGGUUAUUUUUUAGGUAACAUCAGUCAAAAUGUCAAAUCUAAAUCUGGAGUAACUUAUAGAUUGGUAUUACUGUCCGUACUUAUGUAUAUACGUGUUCAUUUUGACGUGUGCAAUUCAAGCUUCAUUGCUAAGCGUUACCACGCAACCGAUUCGAGAUGAUCAGCCAAACCUGGUAGAAGAAGUGUUCUCUAAUUACAAGUUGAUAGUGAGUCCCAGUCAACUUAAUUACUUAAAGAGCAUUACCGCGGUGAAUAUAACGAACGCGUUAACGACGUGCAAAUUGACAUUAGAAUGUAUGACGAAAGUAAUGAGCAAUCCGGACAAACGAUUUUUUACUGUUGCAUCCGAUAUUUAUCAUCGAAGCUAUGUUUGGAAAUUCGCUGAUGAAAAUGGUGAUCUCAAAAUACACAAAAUUAAAGAAUCCCUUGUGGCAUUGCUACAGACGAUGUAUAUUCGCCGGGGGUCUUCUCUAGCAGAACCCUUCAAUCGGCUACUGCUUAGGGCAAUGUCUGGAGGCUUAAUCGAUAAAUUCGUUGAAUUACUUCAUUUUAAAACGAAGUUAAAAUACAAAUUUCAGCGCAAGAAAAAAGAGCCUCAAACGCUGAAGGGACUUCGCGUAG